AUGGUAGGUAGGUCGGAAUGUGAAAGAUGGACUCUUGUGAUAUGGAAGGAUAGGAGUUUUAUGCAAAUGAAAUACAAUUAGAAAGCCUCUACUUAGGUAUUCACGAUGGCACUAGGUUGUAUUGAAAUGAUUUUUGGGAGGAUCAAUACGCACCUGUAAUCAGAAAGUUUUGAAUACCAGGAACUGAUCUAACUAUCAAAAUUAAAGAUAAUUUACAAACGCAAAAUUAGGGUCCAGGGCUUGAAGAAUUCUGGGAUGGUAUCAAAUGAUAAAUAUUUAGAAUCUUGGUUAUUUAGGGAUAUAAUUUUGAGUCUUGCUGUACCUUAUGUUAGUUUUUAAAUUGAAUGUAAUUACACUGGAACAUAAUAUUAAAUAUGUAAAGGAGAAUAAUCCAAGAUGCUUGACGAUAUCCCUUUUGAAAUCAAAUCAAUAUAAAUGGUUCCUGGAAUUAUUUUUAAAUUGAAAGGUCCAAGUUAUUUUGGAGGAGUUUUAUAAGAAAUUACAACUUCGACUGCUUGUUUGGACAACUAUUAAUUUCCAAAUGUUAUUCUAAAAGAAUGA